AUGUCGCAUCUUCCGGUAGAGAUAAUCACUAAGAUAUUAUUCCGAUUACCAGUGAAGUCUCUCUUACGCUUCCUUUGCGUUUCGAAGUCAUGGUACGACCUAACCAAGCAUCCAGCUUUCAUUAAGUUGCAUCUCCACCGCUCCAUCGGGACUAACAGAGAUCACACCCUCAUCUUCGGUAAAACCUACAAAGCUUGCAGAAGUUACAGUGCUGUGCCUCGUUAUUUUGUCUCUGUCCAUUUCCCCUCCAAGAAUCACUUCGACAAGGGCUUAAAACUUCAUCAGCCACUGUACUGUGGACGUAGGUCCAUUCGCAUUUUAGGCUAUUGCCACGGCUUGGUUUGCAUUUAUCACAAGACCCAAGAAAUUACUAUUUGGAAUCCAUUGAUUGCGAUUUGGAAUCCAUUGAUUCGAAAGUACAAGAUAUUGCUAAGGGAACGGAUAUUGAAACCUUCUGAUCUUAAAAAUGUUCAGCCUCUAGGCGAGUUUGAAGUGAAGGUAUAUAGUCUUAGGUUGGAUUCUUGGAGAAAGAUUGAAGAUCAAUGGCCAAAAAAGGAAUGCAAAAUAUCUUCUACCUCAGCGUCCUUGAAUGGAGCGUUGCAUUGGUUAGUAGCUGAGGAUAUUUCAUAUGAUAUGCAUCGUUGGAUGGGUCUAGUGUGCCUUCUUGCUUUUGAUCUUGCCAUCGAGAAAUUCCAGGUCUUUAAAACAUUGGUUCAACAAAAAAUUGAUUUGGAGACAGGUUUGGAAGUGUUGAAAGGACAACUCUGUUUUAUUGAGUUAACAAAUGAAUAUAACGAUGUUUGGUUGAUGAAAGAAUCUAGGGAAGCAAGUUCUUGGACUCGGAUUUAUAAAAUUGGACCCUGUCUUAGGUCUUUCUCGUAUUGCAAACCUUUAAUGUUUUCCGAGAAUGAAAAGAAAAUUUUAUUGGAGAUGUGCCAUCUGAAGCAUACGAAACUUGUUUGGUAUGAAAUAGAGAAGAACAGGGAGGAGUCAGUUAAGAUUCAGAAUUUGCCCAAUUCGCUUUGGAAAUUUGGGACAGCAACUUGUGUUGGGAGUCUUCUUCUGCUUGAUGGUCAUAAUGUGAUUGAUCCCGCGGAGCAGAAAAAGAAGAAAACGAAUAAGAGAAAGAGGUAA